AUGGCUCUAUAUGGUCGUAUCAUCAUAUCCUCCGACGUGAGAUUGGCUCGAUCCAGACCGUCCAUGGUCGGCGGGAUUUCCUUCCCUGGUUCCAUCUGUCUCUGUCUUUCCUAUUCCGACGAGUUACAGUUAAUCCUCCGCAUCUCCGUAGUAUUGAAAAGGUCUAAACGAGGCGCGGAGGAGGUGAGGAUAUCCCGCUGCGGCUGGAUCCGGUGGUCAAAGAGUCUGGGAUUGCAAUUGGUUGGCUGGCUGACAAGAUGGAAAACCAAUCCAAAUAAUUCCCUUGCUGUUAUGUUACUCCCCCGCAAGCUGAUUGUCAAUCCCCCGGGUCUCGGCGCGGAACGCGGAAUGUGGGGGAAGUGCUGUCGUAUAAAAGACUGGAUCUGGCUGAGAGGCCAGUAUUAUCAUAGGAAUGCUCAUCCCGGGCUGCACGAUGUCCAAGAACGCCAAGCAAUAUGCCCAAAGGCUUGA